CUGGGGAGAACCCGCUGAGCUCCCCCGCGGCCCAGCCCUGCCCCCGCCCAAUUCUCAGAGCUCGGCUCACUUGGCCUCUAGCCGUCAACCUCGCCGCAGCAUCCUGAGGCCCGGCCGGGGCUCUAAGCGGAGAGAAUGACCAAAACAGAGAAGGGGAGCGGGGAAGCCAGUUGGGCUCUGCGUGGCGCCCUGGCCGCUGUGGCGCUACUUUCCGCGCUAAACGCGGUGGGCACGGUCUUCACGCUGUGCCAGUGGCGCAGACUGAGCGAGGCGCUGCGGGCGCUGGAGGCGGAGAGGGUUCAGCAAGCGCGGGAGGACAGCGCCCUCCACACCUUCCUCCAGGAGCUGAGCCGAGCGCCCCAGAACAUCCCGAGCAACCCCGAGCCAGAUCUCCCCUGGGCGGCGCGGAACAAGCGCAGUCAUGCUGGAGAGCCCCAGCCACACAUCCGGGCGGAGAACCAGGACAUGCUGAUGAUGAUGACUUAUUCCAUGGUGCCGGUUCGGGUGAUGCUGGAUUUAUGUAACACCACCAAAGGAAUCUGCUUAACAGGCCCACCUGGUCUACCAGGACCCCCAGGAGUAAAUGGGUUACCAGGACACAAUGGAUCAGAUGGAUUACCUGGCAUUAAAGGACCAAAAGGAGAAAAAGGAGCAAAUGGGAAAAAAGGAAAAAUGGGAAUCCCUGGGGCCAUGGGACAUCAAGGGGAGAAAGGAGAAAAAGGAGACCCUGGUGAAUUGGGAUUGCCUGGAAAUGAUGGUCCUCCAGGAGAGAAAGGUGAAAGAGGAGAGAAAGGAGACAAAGGAGACCCAUCCAAUGAUGUGCUUCCUACAGGUGCCAAAGGUGACCAAGGUCCCCCAGGCCUCCCUGGACCUCCUGGACCCCCUGGCCCUCAAGGUCCUCCUGGCCCACCUGGAAGUAGAAAGGCCAAAGCCCAGCGCCAGCCAAACAUGUUUAACGGCCAAUGCACAGGCGACACAUGCGCAGUACCAAAUGAUGACACACUGGCAGGAAAACCAGAUGAGAAAGCCAGUGAACGCCAUUUUCCACAAGCUGAAUGCAUCAUUACAUCUAUUGGAAGUCCAACCGAGGUGAUAAAAGUUAAGGACACAUUUGGAACUUGGAUGAAAGAAUCAGUGAAUAAGAGUGAUGAACGAAUUUGGGUGACUGAACAUUUCUCAGGCCUCAUUGUGAAAGAAUUUAAGGAUCAAGUCUCCCUUCUGAACAACAGUUACAGGCCCAUCCACCUCAGGUACUUUUUCCAUGGCUGUGGGCAUGCCGUCUAUGACAACUACCUCUACUAUCACAAGGGAGGUUCCAAUAUCAUUGUGAGAUUUGAAUUUGCAACAGAAACAUCUGAAACACUGAAGAUUGAAAAUGCCUUGCACUUUGGUCGGAAUUAUCUCUUUGUAAACUCAAAGACGUACUUCAACUUAGCAGCUGAUGAAAAGGGCCUUUGGAUUAUCUACGCUUCAAAUUUGGAUGCGUCCAGUAUCUUUGUGGCCCAGCUAGAGGAAAGUAGCUUCUCAGUCAUCCAGCAUAUCAACACCACGUACCCCAAAUCCAAAGCGGGCAAUGCCUUUGUUGCCUGUGGUGUCCUCUAUGUCACAGACACCAAAGACAUGAAGAUAACCUUUGCUUUUGAUUUGUUAAAGGGGAAACAGAUCAAUGUGAGUUUUGACCUAAGAACUUCACAGUCUGUUCUUGCCAUGUUAGCUUACAAUCGGAGAGAUCAGCAUCUAUAUACGUGGGAAGAUGGCCAUUUAAUGCUUUAUCCUGUUCAGUUUUUGUCAGUCAAAGAAAACAAAUGAUGGUUCUUUUAGGAUGGUCCAGGAUCUCUUUGCCCCUCAGCAAAUUUUAACCUUGACAUGGAAUAUUUCCACCCCAACCUAAAAUUCAUCAUUUAGGAUAGCUGGGUGAAUAGAAAAUAAUCCAAUGAUAUGUACAUAUGUGUAUUUAUGUAUAAUAAAGAUCCAGUGAUAUAUAUACAUAAACACAGAGUAAAAGUUUAAUAAUUACUUGUUGAUCAAUUGAAUUCCCAAGUAACUGUAGUUUAUUUAUACGUAGAGAUCUCUAUUUUUACAUAGAGAUCUUUGUUUAUAUAUCACAAUGUUGUGUUGAUUGGAAAAUCAAUCGAUCAACAAACAAUUAUUAAACUCUUACCAUGUGCCAGGAACACUAAACUUUAGGAAUACAAGGACAAAAGUGAACUAGUGCAUACCCUCAAGGAACUAAUUUUCUUUUAGCAAAUGACUGAAUCUCCUUGGAAUCGAUCCCUUAGUGGCCAAACAUUGGGCUAUGUUAAAAGACCAAGAUCAUAGUCCCAGGUCUGACUUCUUAACUCUGAGAUUUUGGACAGAUUACUUCACCAUUUUUCAUAUUGUACACUGAGGGGACUGGACUAAGUGGUCUCUUUAUGUAGAGUCCCUUCCAGCUCUGACAGUCUAUAUAAUUCUCAACUCCCUGGAUGAGGGUGGUACUGGUAACAACAAGGAUUGCUCACUGUUUUUUCCACGAAUUUGCCAAAUUACACAUGAAAUCACUGAAAUUGAUUAAACUUUUGGUGAAUUAAUGAAACCGAUUACUUGAGUAAUAGAUUCUCAAAUACCUGGUCAGGAAUUGGUUACCUUAACUCUUUGAGGCUACUAAAGUCUAUCUUGGAGCCAAGUAUUCUAUGUGGAAUUUGUGCAGGUGGGAGAAGUCAGAUCAUUUGUAUUUUUCUGUCAUGCUUAAUUUACUCACCUCCAUGAAGAACAGAAACCCAAAAGAAAUGUUAUUUUCUCCUUGCUCAGCAGUCAAUUCAGCAGACAGAUAUUUCUAUGUUUCUAUAGAUUUGGGGAUCUUUAUGGUAGCAAAUCAUGAUGACUAAGGCCUUGGGUCAUCCUAGUUCUGUGGCCAUAUCAAAAGAUCCAUCCUCGAUUUCUAAAAUGGGACCCUAGUAGACUGAAAUCUGGCUCAGUGUACACAUGAAAGCACUUUCGCACACUUCAGGGAAAAGGUAUUCUAUAUUAUGAGUAAGCCUGAUUCUCUGACUUAUCAAUCAGUCUGGGAUUUUGUAAACCUAAGGGGGGAAGCCCUCUGAAGGUUCUGUGGUAUCAUUUUUUUUGGUGUUUUGUGUUUUUUUUCUGGGGGGGGUGGGGCUUGGAGGGAGGUAAGGGAAAGGGCAGGAUAGGUAAGAAGUAUUUGCUUUCCCCUACAAUAAGAGUAGUCAGUGGGGGUAAUUUUCUCCCUUUUUCAAAUUGGAAAGAUACAGUGCUGUGCCCUACAGAGAUGGGAAAAAAUAAUUAAACUAAAGAGCAUUGCCAUUAUCACUAUCUCAGAUAGACUUAUUCUAAAUUCUCUAGAUUUGCACUGGAAUAUACCGAAAAGGGAGGGGGAAGACACCUUUAAAUAGAUAUAAUUUCUUUCUAUUUCUUGGCAUAGAGAAAUCUGAAAAUCAUUUGUUCCAACAUUCUGACCAGGCCCCAAGCUCUGAAUAAUUUGAAUAGCCUACCAUUUAGGUGACUUAAAGCUAGUUAUGUCAUGUUCCUUUGCCUAGACCCAACAUCCAAGCAAUCAGUCGACUAUGAAAAAGCCAGUUGUAUUAGUCGUAAGUGAUGCUGUGUUGAUAGAACAUCCAGUUGAAUUGGCUGAUUUUUUUUCCCACUUUACAAUCAGUUGUGCUGAUGUCAUGUCGACAUGGCUCAAAGUCAUUCUUUCCAGCAGCACACUGUGUAACCUUGAAUAAUGCUGUCUUAUGUCCAAGGUCACUGUAUCUAGUAUUUAAAUUUUCAUAUCAUGGUAUUUUUUUUCUCAGUCUCAUUUCCAGUUAAUAAUGGCGUUAUUUUAAAAUACUUUAAGAGAUUCCUUGCUGUUGAAAUGCUUGUAUGGAGACACGAAUCCUGUAUGUUAAUGGGCAGUUAUUUCUGUUUUAAUACAGAUGACAUAUAGAUCAAAGGAAUGAAUUCAAAGAACACCAAUUCAGUUUUUGGGGGGAAAAAACUCCAAAAACCAAGGCAUUAGUUUCUAUUUCUCAAACAUGAAUGAUCUUCCAACCCAACAAACACUUAUUAAACACUUGCUAUACAUAAGGUACUGUGCUAGGCAAUGAGGAUGAAUGGCCAGACAUAAAACCCAUUCUUACUCUCAAGGGCUUUGUGUUCUACUGAGGCAAUAAAACACAUAUGCAAAUGAUUUGUUACACGAUCAUUUGAGGUAAGGGGAAAGAACACAAUGAGGUUUCCUGUAGAGGUUUCCAGUGUGUGAACUUGAAAGUAAUAGGGAUUCUAAGAAACAGAUGUGAGAGUACACUAUUAGCAUGAGGAGGUCGAAAAUGUUCAAGGCCAGCUGUGGAUAAAGCACCUACAUUCCUUUCUGUACAGUUCAUCACUUUGAGAUGAGUUUUGUUGACUCAGUACUAAUGAUACCUUUUUCCCCCUAUGACAAAGUAAUAAUAGGAGGCUGACUGAGUCAGACUCAAGUAAGAGUUGAUCAUUUUAUAAUCUGGUUGACUAAGAAAGUUUAUGUUUUUACACACUGGGGGUGUGUAUGAUUAUAUUCUUCUUUUCCAGCAUUGGCUAUAAAUCCCUAGAUUUCCUAUUAAGAAAAAAAUAUGCAGUCUAAUUUUGAAAACUCAAGGAAGAACUUUAGUAGUGUUUCAAAUUAUUUCCAUCAGGGACUUCUAACCUUUUCUGUGGUGUGUCUUUGGCAGCCCAGUGAUGUCUAUGGAUCCCUUCUCAAAAUAGUGCUUUUAAAUGCAUUUUUUAAAAAAGUAAUAUUACAAAGGAAACCAGUUAUACUAAAUUGAAGUUAUUGAUGUGUUUAAAAUAAAACAAGUUCACAGACAUUCCCCACCCCCCCCACCCCCACCCCAGUAAAAAAUCCUUGGCUUAGAGAUCUUAUUAGCUUUAAGACACAUGAAGGAGUUUCUUGGAAUAGCAGAACCAAGCCAAAGAAUCUCUGAGUACUGGAUUAAUCUAAAGUAGAUAAUGUCUCAUUUAAAAAUAAAUAAAGCAUUCCCUCAACACCUAAAAAGUAUAUCAGUUUCAAUCUUCAAAAGCCAUUUCUCUUUAUACAUGAAAAGCCUCCUACUCAAGACAGGUGGCUCUGCUAUCUACUUAUCCACUGAGUACCAGGUGGUUAUGGCUACAAAGAGUUUUGGGGCCCAAACAGCCUGGGGAUGGGGGCAGCCCAGGAGCUAAGGCUGCAAAUGAGACAUGCUGAUCCUUCAAGAGUCAGUUGUCAUUUUGCUAUCAUUUUCUGGGUUAACUUCACAAAGUAUUUCAGCCAUAUCUGUUUAAUAACAAAACAUCUGAGUGAAAAGUGAUUGAUGGGAUCCUCACUUCUUAGCCAGAUGUCUCAGUCCUGUGUGUCAUUCAAAGACAUAAACUUCCAUCUGUGAUCAAGGAUUAUAUAUAACAAGAUGAGUUAUGGUGAAUGGUUUGUUUUGGCUGUAUUUCAUGUUAACAUUAACCAAAUUAUUUAAUAAAAUGCCAAUG